GUACUUCUGUGGAUCGAUGAUUAUUCCACGGAGAUACGUAUGAAGCGGUUCGUAUGAGCCCGAUGACCAUGAGGCUAUGGCAUAUAUUUACUACCGUGUGGCUGGUCAGCAACGCGUCCAGGAUGGGCAGCGCACGGUUCACAACAACAUUCGCGCCCAGUGAUGUCGUCCCCGUGGAGUUUGCUGAUAGCUCGUCUUCCAACAGCGUUCGGUCGAUUCAACGCAUGAAUCCGUCAUUUUGGUUUGCAGGGCCAGAGCAAGAGGAAGCAAGUGAGCGAGGAUAGC